GCAUAAAAAAACAAAACAACAAACAGCAGCAGAGGAAGCGGCGGUCCUGAGGACGAAGAGAGGUUUUUAACAAACCCCCACCUGUUCGAUUCCACACAGUGUCGACCCCUUCGUGUACGUUGUUGUUUUUUUUUACAUUUUGAUAAUAAAAUGUCGCUGUUCGGUAAGAUCUUCGGCGGCGGGGGUAAGGGUGGGAAAGCGCCGACACCCCAGGAUGCGAUCCAGAAACUCAGGGAGACCGAGGAGAUGUUGGCCAAAAAACAGGAUUUCUUAGAAAAGAAAAUCGACAUGGAGCUCAUGACGGCGAAGAAGAACGGCACGAAAAACAAACGAGCGGCUCUGCAGGCCUUGAAAAGGAAAAAGCGCUACGAGAAGCAGCUGGCUCAGAUCGACGGGACGUUGUCCACCAUCGAGUUCCAGAGGGAGGCGCUAGAGAACGCCAACACCAACACAGAGGUGCUCAAGAACAUGGGCUACGCCGCCAAGGCGAUGAAGGCUGCACACGAAAACAUGGACAUAGACAAAGUAGACGAUCUGAUGGCGGACAUCACAGAACAACAGGAAGUGGCCCAAGAAAUCUCAGACGUCAUUUCAAGACCGAUCGGUUUCGGAGACGAGUUCGACGAGGAUGAGCUCAUGGCUGAGCUGGAGGAGCUUGAACAGGAAGAGCUGGACAAAAAUCUUCUGGAAAUCCAGGGAACAGACGACGUUCCUCUCCCCAGCGUACCAUCUACGUCACUACCAUCCAGACCAGCCAAGAAGGAAGAAGAGGAGGACGACAUGGCGGACCUGGAGGCCUGGGCGGCUACAUAAGCUAGCUUGCCCCUGCUAGCUAGCUGGUGCCCCCUCUCCUGUCUGUCUCUGUGCUACCAGGCUGCUCCCAGAUCAUCUGGAACCCGAGACAGGGACUCUGGGCUGCUGAGCUGGCUGCUAGCAUGCGGCUCCGUCUAUAAGCCUACAAUAUCUACCCAUACCCCCACCCUAAAGUAUGCACUUGUGCACAUAUUCACUGACUUUAAAACGAAACGAACCCAGGCUUUUCUCCUCUGAUUAAUGUCACGGUACAAAUCUCUUCUGCUCUCCAGCUGUGCACGCCUCUAAAGGGCAUAGAGUAUGGAAAGCUAAUGUCGCGCCCUUACAGCCUGUGGGUUGAGUACAUUGAAAUUCUCUUUUUGGAGGAAUACGGAGGGUGCAAGUGCAUACUUCUAGGGGAAGGUGUGUGGAGGAACAGGACGAUGCUUUUUUUUUUUUUCUGGGAGGAAUGUGAAGAAUAAACAGAUGUAUGGAGGAGGGGGGGGGUUUAGUACAUACCACGAUAUAUGAUAGUAUACUAUACCUUUUAAAUGUGUAUCUUUGCUAUAUUACAGUUUAUUGGUGAAAAGCAAAAACAGAAAGACAACAUGAGAUUCAGCCAUUUUUUUUCGGCUUCCUGCGUUGUCAUCUCGCUGCUCUUCUAAAAAAAUGAUGAUGACGACCCAUCUACGCUUAACCAUCUCUGCUGAAUCUCAGCAGCAGCAAAAUAAAAAUGAAAAUGUUGCACUUUCUCAUUGAAAUAUCGCUGUCAAACUAAAACAGACUUAUUAGGAACAUUUUGUAAAGGGAGGAUCCAGGUCUGAUCCCUCCGUCAGCCAUAUCUCUGUCUUGUUCGCACAUUAAGUCUCUCUGGAUCUUAUCAGUUAAAUUUAAAUUAGAUCAAAUGUUAUCUAAUAUUUAAGGGCUUUUCCAGUGGCACCAGCCUUCCUAAAUGCACAGUGAGUAGGAUGUUUGGGUUGUUGUCUGUAAACACAACAUUCAAAAUAUAUAUUUUCUCUUAUCUUUUCUUUGUCAGAUUAAUCUUAUUUCUCUGAGCUGGGUACAAACUCUGCAAAACAAUGCAUAAUUCUUUGUAAAAGCGAAAUUGAAAAUAUCUUUUGCCACAAAUAACAAAAUAAACGAAAUAGAAUUUAAAAAAAUAAUCCCAAAACAAAUAAAUAAUACAUCUUAUCUUCUCUGUUAUUUAAUUUUAUCAAUUAGGGAAGCCUUUCCUACUUGACACCUUAACUUGGAGAUUCACAACCUUCUUUGCUUUUGUGACCCUUUUUAAAAAGAAGUUGUGAAUUUUCCAAAAUGGCUGCCAGAGGGCUCAUUACGACGCCUUGUUCCUCAGUUUAAUAUUGCACGUGCCUGACACCUCCAUCGCCUUCUCCGUCUGAGGUUUAACAGCGAUGUUCUCUGAGAAAAUCCCACAUUGGUUGACUAAUAAUUGGUUGAUUGGUUGAUAAUGUGUGUGUGUGUGUGCGGUGUGUGUUUUUUUUUUUUUCCCCCAGCCUUUUGACACAGUGACCUCUUGUGAAUAUUCAGACAAAUUGAAGCUUGUGAGCUGGAUAUUUUAUUUUGUUUCCCCAAUUUGCUCUCGACUCACCUGUGGUGCGAAAACUGAUUUGGAACAUGAGACGUGUCGGCUCCAUGUUUAGUCUUCAUGAUCGCACUUCUGCUCAUCACUUACAGCUGCAGCCGCACUUCCUGUCCUCCCGUCAGCAGACACGGUUUACGCGUGGACGGAUUGGGGUCGGUCCAGAAUCAAAACGGAGACUGAGACUGUAAAUCUUUAAAUAAAAGAAUUAAAUCAAGUAGUGAUUUGAAAACUUGAGCUCAUUUUUUUGUAACUCCAAAGUCAGCGUUGUUGCGAUGCGGGUCGACCCCAGUCCUGAUAUAUUUCACUACAGACUAUUGAAAAGAUACUUGCAUAUGCCAAUAGUUUGUUUUUCUUCCUUUUCUGUUUACCUCAAAUAGCUCCCAUGUUCUAUCGGGCUGCUACAGAAACACAGUGCGACCUGUAGACCGCUCUGCUCAGAGCUGUACGAAGACGCCGUGUUGCUCUGUGACUGAGGUUGUAUACAGUUCAUCUUAAUAAAGUUGGCGUUUGGUGCAAGUA